UCCAGUAGAAUGGGCUUGAAGCUUUGACACACACACACACACACACACACGAGCACCACGUUGACCAGCAGGCAAACCGGUGCUCCUUGGUUUCCUAGAACCGACAGAUCUGAGUGACAGAUGGAAGACAAGUGGGGGAAAAUAGAGGAGGAUGGAGACUAGAAGGCAAAGCAUGAAAAGAGACAAGGCUGUGUGAGAACGGAGGGAUCAGUUGGAGGAGAGGAAACCGCAGCUCGAGCAGAUCUGGCCAGGUGAGACGAAGGUAGGAUGAUGCGAGGGGAGCAUGGAGAAUACCAACGUCAGUACCACACACUGGGCAACACGGCCCGCCGCUUCUCCAAUCCAGACGUUGAGGCGAUGGCCAAGAUACAUGCCGCGGAUGCUGAGAGACAGCGGGGCAAAUAUCCACCACAGCAUGCUGCGACCCUCGUCAGUGCCAACUGUUCACGCCAGCAGCAACCACAUUACUGGAGCUUUAAGGCGAGGACUCCGCGUGCCAGCGGUGGAGGUCAUCAGUCUCUUGCUGAUCAGGGAGGAGGCCGGUCGUUGUACGCCUCGGCAGAGAAUCUAGAGACCAUGGGCGACGCUGAUCUUGCUCUUGGCUUCAGCCGCUCCAACCGCCUCCGACAGAGCCUGCCGCUUGCCCGUUCUCCCAGCCAAAACAAGUUCCGCCCACCAGGCGUUUUGUUCCUGCAGUUUGGCGAUGAGACACGGCGUGUUCACCUCAGCCACGAGCUGAGCAGCAUGGAGACACUGCAUGCACUGAUUGUGCACGUCUUCCCUCAGCAGCUGAACAUGAGUGCACUCCGCUCGCCUGCUACUGCCAUCCUCAUCAAGGACGAGGCACGCAACGUCUUCUACGAGCUGGAUGACCCUCGCCGGAUCCACGACCGCUGUGUCCUCAAGAUCUACUGCCGAGAUGCCGCGUUCACCACUCACCACCACGCGCAUCAUGGCCACGUCACUAACGGAGACCUGAGGAGGGAGCUAGCAUACACAUCGCGUGAAUCUUCUCCCACUCGCCGCUUGAACCCUUCAUCGUCCUCUCCGUCGGCCUCCCCGUCCCGCCCACACUCCCGCCUUGCUUAUGCAUCUGUCCGGCCUUCGUCGUACGCUGGUCCACCCCCUUCCCCUCAGCCCCACCCUUACCAGCACCAGAACACCAACCAUCCUGCCUUCUGCCCCUCCCCAAGUGCCAUCCUGGAGCGACGUGACGUCAGACCGGACGAGGAGGCACCAGCAUCACCAUCAAAGAGCGUGGUGCUCCUAAAGAACGAGGCGGCGUAUGCCGAUCCGUAUGCACUCGUCCAUGGUGUGGCUUCAGCCCAGUCACUUGCUUUCCGACGUGGCUCGCUGCGGGCCCUGAGUCCAUAUUCAGCUGCUGCUCUGCAUUGUGAACUAGAUGCUGCCCUCUACAGGCCUGGAGGGCCGCUUUAUGGCGAGCCUUAUGGCCCGAUGGGCUUCCGAACUUUACCACCUGCAUCACCACAGAAGCUGGAGCCGUACAGGGGUCACUCGGGUCGGGGAUCACCGGGAAGGCAAGGCUUUCGAAAAGAUGGGACGGUGUACGUUGAGGGUCAUAAAGCGCGCGUCGGGGGCCCACUGCUAGACCAGAUGUGUGUGAUGGGUGGAGCAGGUGGUGAGGGAGUGGCACUGGCAGGAUAUGAAACUGACACGAGGCAACGAAUGGAGGCCAUGGAGAAACAGAUAGCCAGUUUGACAGGUCUGGUCCAGAGUGUCCUUACCCGUGCCCCCGACAGUCCCGACAAGGCAGAAACAGCAAGCGACUGCUCAGCACCUGAGACCACGACUCCCUCGGCUCCUCUGGCCCUGAUGCCACCUCCGCCCACUGGCAUGUCUCAGCCGAUUACAAUGUCUCGUUCCCAAAUGCAGCUGCAUCUUAGCGACUUGCAACGGAGUACUCUGGAACUACGCAAGCAGCUUUCACAGUUACGCAAAAUACAGAUGCAGAAUCAGGACUCGGUGCACACUUUGCUGAGGCAAGCAGAGGCCGAUUUGGGUCUCUGCCUGAUCGAAGCAUCUCGGAUGCAAGAAGAUCCUCUACAACGCCAGCGCCUCCUAGUGGAGGAAGAGAGGCUGCGCUAUCUCAAUGAAGAGGAACUGAUUAUACAGAAGCUACAUGACCUGGAACGUUCAGUAGAGGAAAUGAAGACAGGGGCGGGGUUAAACCAUCGCUUGGUAACAGAACAGGAAGUGGAACAGAAAACUCAAGAGCUCGAGAAGCUCGGAGAGACACUGACCAAACUUAAGAAUCAAUUCCCAACGCUGCAAAGUAAAAUGCGCGUGGUGCUGCGAGUCGAGGUCGAGGCAGUGAAGUUUCUGAAGGAGGAACCGCUGAGGCUUGAUGCUUUACUGAAACGCUGCAGAAACAUGACAGACACACUCACAUUGCUCAGGAGGCAGGUAUCCGAAGGCUUAUGGAAGACUCCAGAAGACUUCAGCAGCUGCAGCGAUAUAGAUUUUACAAAGAGCUGUGAUCUGGACAUUUUAACCAGCCCUUCUCUGACCAGUCUUCCUGACUUCACAGGCAAUUUAACAAGCUCUAGUGGUCUGUCAGGCUCCUUGACAACAAACUCUGCUAACAUAGGCUCUGGUUCCAGUCUGUCUAGUGCUCUUGGCACCAGUCUGGGCUCGAGUAUGAGUGGUGCUACAGGUUUAGCAGGCACUACCACACUUGGGAACUGGCUGGCAAGCACAGGAGUUGUGGACAGCAGCAUACCCGAGCAGGAUGGCACCUCAGCAGGAACACUAAAGAGCCGUGGCAUUGAGGAUCUGCCUACACGGAGAGAAACGGACAAAGGGGUGUCCGUGGAAGUCCGUCUGGCAGCAGAGCGUGAUUGGGAAGAAAAGCGGGCAAGUUUAACCCAGUUUAGUGCCCAGGACAUAAAUCGUCUCCUGGAGGAGACACAAGCAGAGCUGAUGAAGGCCAUUCCAGAUCUGGAUUUUGCUGCCAAGCAGAUCACCAAACCUGCUGUUCCCCCAAAACCACAGCUCUCUUCUUUACCCAAGCCUGCCUCACCAUCCUCCACACCCAGCUGUACACCUGAACACCAACCGGGAAAGCCGCCACCUAAACCAGCUGGCAAGGAUGGCAUUCAAAGAAGAGAAUCAGGGGAGUUGACCGUUCCAAGGUAUAGAACAGAGAAGCCGUCCAAGUCUCCACCACCUCCGCCACCACGCCGCAGCUUCCCAUCGGGGCACAGGCUCACGACCAACAGCAGCGGAGAGGUCAUCAUUGUUAACAAGGGUGUUAAUAAACCGGAAAAGAACGAAAACUGUGAGGAGUCAGAUUCACUAGUCCAGUCUCAAACACAACCUGUUAAACUCAGACGACCUUCAGCAUCUGACGGGCCUCGGCCCUCCUCCACGCCGCCAGUUAUUUCUGCUUCUGGGAUGAAAGAGGAUGAGGAUGAGGAGGAGAAGAUCAUGGCAGAGCUUGAGAAUGCAGGAACUCCUCAAGGGUCGGUUAAGACGUCGUCGUCGUCUCGUCUGAAACAGCUGCAGCAGAGCAGUCUGGAGCGGAAAAACAGGAAGCAGCGCGAGCAGCAAGGCCAGCAGCAGGUAUUUCACUUCUAAACAGCUACUGGCGUUAAUGCUUCCGACAAAACCUGAUGCCUGCUACGCUAGCACCGUACACUGAUGAAACUUGCUAGCUGAGUGCUAGUCUGUUUUUGCUAGCACUUAAGGACAUUUGAAGUCGACACACAAGUCGCUAAGCACAAUAAUGAUCACCUGUCAAGUCUGAAGCUAGACUUUUUUUUUUGACCAUGGGCAUGAUGUCUACCUCUCUGCAGGGGGUUCAACCAUUCAGCAGACCCCAUUUAAGAGCUUUCAGGAUUUUUUUGCUUCCUCCAUCUUCAUACUAAACAGUACAGCUCCAAAGUUAUGCCUCAAGCUCACACAAACUUCCUGUAAUGUGUCACAGCAGAGCAAGUCCUCGUAAUAAAAAAAAUUACAAAAAAGCCGUCGGGUCACUUUGCUCAUGUCACGCACUCGUUUUUAUUUUCUCCUUCUUUUUCCUGCUCUCGUGUAUAGCUGCAGUCUACUGAGCAUACUGGGGGGACUUUACCUUCUGUUAACCAAGGGUUAUUAAUCAGUUUACAUCAUUACAAACUGCACUGCAGGGCUUCCUGUUUUCUACAUCUAAAGAGUUGUUGCCCUUCUGUCAUUUUCCCUAUGGACUGUAGACACCUCUUUCUACUAUGCUGUGAUCUCCAAAAAAAGAAAGAUAGACUAUAGCAUUUUACCUUUUCCCUUACCUCAAGACAAAUUUGGUGUUUAAUAUGGUUUAGAUGUCCAACAAUAUAUCUAACUGUAUACUUAGAAGAAGUUUGAUGUAAUUUACUGAAUGUAUUUGUUAUAUAUAUUGUCUCACAGAUCUUGGCUUGCCCGUAGUUACAUAACACUAACCAGUGAUUUUAAACUUUAGCAAAAUGGCAAACGCAGGAGGUCUGCAUGAUCCGUCUUUACUGGCUCAGUAUUGUCCUCAGUUUCACUCAUAAACAGGUAAGACAUGAAAGAACAAACCCAAAGUCUAAAACGCACCAUAGUGAAUGUUUUAAAACUGAAUAAAUCCAAUGUUUCUGAUCAAAUGUAAGCAGAAGAUGAAAGCAGAUGGUGAAUAGGAAACGAAAAAGCACUUCAGAGAUGAAGCAGAGAAAAGGGAAGCACUCCAAAGACUCUCGAGUGACUCUUAUCUGCAAGGGCAGCUUUGCAAAGUCACAGUGCAUCAGCUAUUGCCAAAGAAAGAAAAUGGAGAGAGAGAGAGAGAGAGAGAGAGAGAGAGAGGUGGGAAAGGACAAGUAAGCACUGAAGGAAACAGAGUGAGUGCAUUAGAGACCAUUAGCUCUCCAUGAAAACCUUAUCUAGCUAGCUGACAGACAGCAGUCCAAUGAGGCUUGUUAAUCCCCCGUAACUGAUCCAAGGAGGAAAUAGCGACAGAGGAAGAUGAGAGAGAAAGUGUCUGGAGACUCAAAAGGGAAGACAUUCUCCACUAGGUGAUGUGGAAUUAGGUCAAGAAAAGUAAACUACCGAGUGUGUGAACAUUGAGUGAUGUUCCUCGGAUGAACACAGGACAAUCUUUAUUAUACAGUAGGAAAGGAGGUGAGACCAUUAGGAUGUCCAUGUUUACCAUCUACAAAAGCACAAAGUCAAUCACGAGUGUAAGAUCCAAUCAGAACUGGAGCAUAGACCAAAGCGGAACUCAGGUUUGUUUGAGCCUUGAUCUUCGGAGCCAGUGGAAACCGCGUGGGCAGGGCUGAGAUUGGUUUGGGCCUUGAUCAUUUGAGCCAAUAGAAAUAAAGUGGGCAGGGCUGAGGUUUACUUGGAUGAGUAGCUUCACACGAGACCUGACUAACACCACUCACAUAGACUAUGAUUAUUUUUUCAAUCUUCCUUCCAGUAUUGUUUGCAUCUCUGAAUAUUUCAUCGAUGCGUCAAUGAAAUUUCUAAGCUUGAUGACCCGUACCCCUAAAGUGCUCAUAUACAGUAUUCACUUUUUUGACCUGAUAAAGCCACAAGCGAUCCUUGAGCUGGAGCCAGGGAUACCAAGAGAUUUAGUGUUCAGAAUCAGAAUUAGAGUCUGUAUUUAGACAGCUUUAUUCAGCCUGUCUGAAGAACUGUAAAAACUCACUGAACCUUAGCAAGCCAUUCAGUCUGGUCACCAUGCAGUGUGUGGUGUGAGCACCGUGGACGAAACCACAGCAUGACUCAGAUGCCAACCAUCUGUCAGAGACGUGGUUGAAGCCAGGCAGUUUCUGCUUUGUACCCAGCCAGAGGUCAGGCUAAUUUGGCAUGCUAGCAUGCCCUGUGUGCUGCCUCUUCACAGAAAACAGCCUUGAUACGAGUCUGAAGCUCAGUCUGGUAAUAAAUCUAAUUAAUCCUCUGUCUGUGAGCCAUUUUGGCUAAAGAAAGCAGAAGCAUCAAUUAUAUGCCACCAUUUCUGUGGAAGAGAUGUUUUAUUCAAUCAAAGUCAAAUGGAUUGCUCCUAAGGUCAUUGAUUAGCAUCUGAAGGUGCCAUCAGGCCAUGUUUACAAUUUAUACAGCGUGUGUGUUCAUGAUUUAUGCCAAGUGAUUGUGCUGAAGUUUUUUUGCUUAGCAGAGAUCUGCUCUUUUUGAUGUCACUGAACAAAAGGUUCUGGUAGAAGAACAUAUUAAUUAAAUAAUGCUUAAUAAUCAGAGUUGAAAAUUGCAAUAGCUCAAGCCAACAUUGUUUGUUUUGGUGCUGUGGGAGAAGUUCCUCAGAGGCAGGCUAAAAUCACAAGGCUAGCAUGAGGUAACACACGUACUGUAGUGUGUAAAUCCAGGCUUAAAUCCUUUUUAAACAAAAGUUAAAGGGACGUUUGCUACAAAACAUAGGCUAACGCAGAGAACACAUAUUAGACGUCUGACCUGAAAUUGUUCCAUAGCUGAUUGCUGCACUGCUUAAAUCUUCAUGGGCUUCAUGGACAAUUUCCAUAGGAUAAUAAAGAAACUGUAGAUGAUCGUGCUUCUUCAUUGCAGUUCAAUGUUAACUGGUGAAUUACCUGCUGAAAGCUGAUUGGUUGAUUAGGGCUAGAAGGUAAUAGUCAGCUAUUUUACUGCUUUUCAACCGCAAGACUGGUGCAGUAGGUGGGGCCAAACUUUCAUUAAUCUACUUACUCGUUCCUUACACUUGCAGCUUAAUACAUAAAUUCUUUCAGUGUAAAUAGCAAAUAAUUUUAUAAGUCACCGAACAAAACCAAACUGAAUAACAAGGUCUGUGUGUAAGUGAGUAACAUUGCAGUUAAACUUGUAGAACGUUUGCUGCAACGUUAGCCUCAAAGCUGUAAUGCAAAUCAUUUGAAACAGUGUAGAAUCCGAACACUGUUUUUGAGGUAAGUGGAAAAUUGUGUAAAACUGAUGUCUUAUUAAAGUAUCCCAAAGAUUUCUAUUUAUUCAGCUCCUUUUUUUUUGGGUCACAGCAUAAUUCCACACCAUAUUGUACUUUGAUAGUGAAAUGAAUAGUAAAAGUAAAAGGGCGUGUCCAAACUUUUCACCAGUGUCCAGCUGUACAGCAGGAAGUCCUCCAACACUGUUUGUAUGCGACAGAUAUUUUUUUUGUUUUUUAAUAGGGUUGUUUUGUUUGUUUUUACAAUUUUAGCCAUCCAAUUAACAGUUUUGUGUCUUCUCUUUUUUCCACCCUCAAUCACCUCUCCUUACUUGCUUGUUUGCUUGCUUCAUGCUUGCAAUUCUCUCCACUGGCUAAUUCGCAUUCUGUCAUUGCUUUAAAAAAAUGAUUAUUUGGCAUGCAUCAGGCAUAACCGAAUGCUGUGUUUCAUGCCCUGAAGAAAGGAAAUAAAAUUCUGAUUAAGGCCUAUUCUUUUUCAAAUAAAUUGAAACUUUUUUCAAACCUAUCCUACUAGAUCUAAUAAACAGAUUUGCACUUUUUGUUUCCUGAGGCAUAACCCUUUUUGCAAGUCAAUUCCCGUUUCCCUUUCUAGCCAAUCACAGCCUCUUUUUCUCCUUACUGGCAUGUUGCCAUUAAUUUCAGCCAAUCUCUGUCCUUCGCUCUGUCCUCCCCUGAGAUCUGAUCCUAUCCAAGGUGAUUAUACCAUGAAGGUGAACUGCGAGGACGACGCAUGCACCGGACCCUGAGUAGGAAACUGAACGUCAGGCUUGAACAUGUUAUAAUACAUUAGGGUAAGUUAGAGUAAUUAAAUGUAAUAAUGUAUCACUGUAUGUACAGGUAAAUAACAUCAACAUCAGCACCACGGGGUAUUUAAUCUGCAGCCCAUAUGCAGGUGUGCGGUGAGCAAAUGUAAAUUCAUGUAUUGGGAUCAAAAAAACUGCACUUCAUAAAAGCAAAAAGAUUUAACAAAAUGCUGUGUUUUUUUUUUUAAUUCAAUUUCUUUAGUUUUGCUCUGGAGCUGCAAGUCUAUAGCUAACAUAAUAUAACUAAUAAAAUAUCUAAGCUUCACUAAUAGUCUCUCACCCCUUUAACUUUUUCAAAAAAAUAAAUAUUAGGCUCUUCCUGUACUUGAUUUGACGUUAAUAAGCUAUCUUUAGUAAUAAAAAACAUGUUAUAGAAACAACAACAACAACAACAACAAUAAUAAUAAUGUCACCACCUGGAAGUUGAUGGAUUUCCUUUGUUCUUAGUUGUCCUUUUUUGUAACUAAUGUCCUUAGUUACUGUACUUUUCUAUGAUGUAACUGUGGAACAUCUACACUAAGUCAGUUACGCUAUAGAAAGCUAUAAACUCUCAAGUUACCAACUACAAUUUAACAAACAGUUUAUCAUGUUACAGAGGAACCGGAAAGCACAACCUUCUCUGCCCUGAAGAUUUUCCUGAAGCGUACAAGUUUUUGCAACACGCUAAAAAAAAAAAAAAAAGGUCAAAUAAAAAUCUCCUUACAGCCAGUUUGUUAAAUGUCUACUAAACAAGUCUCUGCACAAGUUGUUACUAUAGAAACUAUGAUCUAUUAGAAGUAUCACCUUAAUCAGUCACUGUUCAGAUUUUAGAUUUUCUGACUUUGAAAUUUGCGAUUUAUCUUCUUAUGUUUUUGAACUGUUGAAACUGCAAACACAUGAAAGGUCUUGCAGAAGAUUUGCGGAAAAUCGGCAGUAAUUUAGGAGAAUUGCUGCUGUAGAAAAUGAUUUAACAACUUUCUGACUGGGGAGCACGGUGGCUUAGUGGUUAGCACGUUGGCCUCACACCUCCAGGGUUGGGGGUUCGAUUCCCACCUCCGCCUUGUGUGUGUGGAGUUUGCAUGUUCUCCCCGUGCCUCGGGGGUUUCCUCCGGGUACUCCGGUUUCCUCCCUCGGUCCAAAGACAUGCAUGGUAGGUUGAUUGGCAUCUCUGGAAAAUUGUCCGUAGUGUGUGAUUGCGUGAGUGAAUGAGAGUGUGUGUGUGUGCCCUGCGAUGGGUUGGCACGCCGUCCAGGGUGUAUCCUGCCUUGAUGCCCGAUAACGCCUGAGAUAGGCACAGGCUCCCCGUGACCCGAGGUAGUUCGGAUAAGCGGUAGAAGAUGAAUGAAUGAAUGAACUUUCUGACCGAUUCACAAUCCAGUUGUAUAAAAUCUUUCAGGCUUCCAAUAUAAAUCCCGAAUUACACUUUGUAGGCAGGGCAUGGAUGUUGUGCUUUAAACCAUCAAUAACUUAAAACUUGACCACCAGGUAGUUAUUUUAUUAAUAUUUAUUAACUGGACUUCUAUUGACUUCUAGUUUAGUCUUGUAGCAUCAGUGCACAACUAAAAAAAAAGAAAAAAAAAAGUCAAAAAUUGUACAAAUUGGAUUGUUCACCACACCAUAAACACCUCUAAACAAACAGAAACCUAACAAAUUACAUAGCACUUUCGAAGAGACCUCACUAUCCACGAAACGCAUAUACGAAAUUAGCAACCAACUGUGAUAACUGUGACAAAUUUAGAUGUAUUUAUUACCAAAAUUGUGUUUAGGAAAUACUCCUAUAUAGUGUUUGUAUGAUUAGAAUCUUUUGUAUUUUUGUAUUUCAGAAGGAAUGAGUACACAGAGAAAUCUGGAAAAAACAAAACAAAAAAAUGCUAAGCUGUCGAGCGAGGUGUGCUAAUUUUGUGUGACAGAAAGCUAACAUGCUAUAUUCAAUUAGAGUUGUAUAUCUAUAUAUAGAUAGAUAGAGAGAAAGAGAAAGAGUUUAUUCUAAAAUAUUAAUCGAAUGCACAAGAGUGAUAGUGAGAAAACCCACUUUUUUUAAUAGUCAUUUCACUUAUCUUUUUAAAAUCAGUAAGCAUAACUAUUUUUUUUAACGGAUAAAUGUUACAUAUUAAUUCAUUAUUAAUUGGAACUCUUUCCAGUUUUGAAUAAUUAUUAUUAUUAUUUUUUUUUUAAACCCCCACAAGAUUUAGGUGUUUUAUCUGUAAACCCGUUAAAGACAAUCAGAGCUGUUUUAGACGUGAUUCUACACGUAUUUUACACACUAUAAGGCGCACAACGAAAGCUCCGCCUGCCUUUUCUGUUGUUUUUAUUGGAUAUUCCUUUACUCUUGUAGUCUACAAAGUUUCACGUCCCAUUAUUGUAGCUAUACUUCACGAUUAUAUGGUUUUUGUUCCAUUACAAUGAAUUUUUGUGUUGUCAUUUUUAAGGGCAGUAUUUAUUUUUCUUUUUUGUUUUUUUAAUCCCGUUGGUGUUGCCGUAAUUAAGGGCUGUAUUGUUUUUUUAUCCCAUUAUAGUUUUGCUGACCUGUUCCUUUUGCCACCCCAGUAGUUUUCUCCCCUUAACCUGUCCCAAUAGUUUUGACUUCUGCCAUAGUUUUUGUCCUCUUAGGGUUACCGUUGUCAAAGAGCUGUGUUGGUUUUUCCCUUCUAUUCGUAAUGCCACCCUCAUCCUUGUUGCCAUAGUUAAGACUCCCAAAAGUGUUGACACCCUGUUAAUUUUUGUGUUGUUACUGUUUCUGCACUUUUUUCCUGUUAGCUUUGCUGCCAUAUUACUGUUUGUCUCCGUAGCAUUGCUGUACUUAUGGUCUGUAUUGUUUUUCCUCCAUUUAGGUCUGCGGUCCUGUUACCGUUUGACCUUUUAAUGUUGCCGUAUUUAAAUACGUGGUGUUGUUUUUGUCCCAUUAGAGUUGCCGUUACUUUUUUCCUGUUAGUGUCACCAACUCAUUUGUUUUUUGUCAUGUUAGUUUCGCUAGAGUUCAGCCAAUGCUACAGUCCUGAUAUUAAUCUAGGAGUGGAGCUACUGUAAAUCAAUUAAACGCAAGAGAAAUACACAUUGUUCUGCGUCUUAGAGUUUGUAAAAUAUCUUACUAAAUGAUGGUAUAACUGCAGUGGACUUUUAGUCAUUGCUGCUAGCCCUGCUGAAGAGGAUUUUUACAAAACUCUCGACUCAGACACCGAGCCAGUUUGAUUCAGCCCUGAAAAGAUGGCCGCUGGCAUUAAACAAAAUUCCCUCUUUUAUACGUGUCGCACUUUUAAUUCUUGGGCAGUGAAGCAUAUUACAGAAGCACAGAUCUCUUGGCUCUUCAAUCUGCUUGUCUGCUGAGAAAGCACACAUAGGGGUCUCCGAAUGAGCGUGAAACAAAAAGUGUAGAAAAUCCUUAAAUGUACAUAUUCUGUGUUAUUCCAGUGUACUAAUUUAGUGACUUUGUAUGUAAAUUUUUUUUUAAACGUUAAUAACAAGAUGUUAGUGAGAAAACAAUCCAGGCUCAUGCAAAAUUCGUAAGAUUCCUAACGAGCGAGAGCAAUUGAGACACAUUUCAUUUGGAGGAUGAUUUCCACCCACUCGCUCGAGCGAAUUCUUGCGAAUUUUGCUUUCGUGAGUCCACGUUGGCGAAACUGCAUGUACUUGAAGUCUGCAUGCAGAAGCAACUCUGUACACUGUUUUUGAGUGUAAAAUAGAAAUGAAUUCUGUAUAAAAAAAAACACAUACAAAACAUAUUUUUUUGUUAAAAGAUAGUAUCAUAUCACGUACGUGUCGGGAGUCGAUCUGGCUCACACGCUUUACUGUCGUCUGUAAACCUCGUAACAAAAACUAUUGUUCAAAACUGUGAUUAGAACAAUAAAGACUGAAUGCAUAUUUCCAACCGAUAUGAAUAACAGCUGUAUGGAGAAAUUAUAAUGCUGCUCUUGUGGGGUUGUGUGGGGGGAAAUUAUGAAACUUACUUAUGUACCAGAGACUGUUGGUUUUGUAUAUUACUGUUGUGUUUUUGUGAGUAUUAAAGUGUUCAAAUCUUGUA